AUGUUUAUUAGUGGUGUAGGUGGAACUGGUAAAUCGUUUUUGAUAGAGGCAAUAAAAUGCCUAGUGGAUGACACAUGGCAUCCAAAAAGUGGUGAAAUUAUGUGUGCUAUAGUAGCACCAACAGGUAUAGCCGCAUUUAAUGUAGGUGGACUAACAAUACAUAGAUUAUUUCAGCUACCAAUAGAGCAUGAGGGAAAGACAGCUGGAUAUUGGGCUUUGAGUAAAGAAGCUCAGAAAAGAAUAAAAAUGACACUUAAAAAUUUAAAAAUUAUAAUAGUAAACGAGGUAUCUAUGGUAUCUAAUCUAAAUCUAGCAUACUUACACAUGCGUUUAGAAAAUAUAUUUGGAACUGAUGAAUGGUUUGCAUCCAAAAAUAUUUUAUUUGUAGGUGACCUCUUACAAUUGCCACCAGUUAAUGGUAGACCAGUAUUUAAUAAAAUUAGCAACAAACUAGUAAAAACUAGACUUGGAGCAGCAAAUGCAGUUAACAUAUGGAAAGAAACAGUAGAAUAUGAUGAACUAACAAUCAAUGAGCGACAAAAAGGAGAUGAAACUUUCUUUAAGAUGCUUGAUUCUGUUAGGCAUAACUGUCUAACUAAUGAAACUAUUGAUAUGCUUAAGAGUCGUGUAUUCAAGCUCCUUGAUUAG